CCUUGGGUGCUCAAUGACCGCGAAGCAGUCCCCAAGGGACAUGCCUGCCUCAGGGGCACCGAGGGGCAGCCCCUCAAGUGGCGAAGCUUCAUUCACCUUCCCGAGGUAGGUGAGGGCUUGACCCCGCUGGAGGGUGACAGACCAGCGCUGGCAGAACUGGCUGAGCAGUUUAGCCGCCUGGUAGGAGCUGGGGUCAGCGUUGAAAAGGCGGCGGGCGGCCGUGUGUGCGAGGAGUUUAAGGAAGGUUGGCACUUCGGCGCAUGGGCAGCCAUACGUCUCGACUGCAAGCGGGAAGAAACCGACGUAUGCCGCCCGGUGGCGGUACUCGUUGAUCUUCUUGUCCGCUUGCUCCCGGGCCAUGUAACCGCGGCCUUUGCGUGCUAGCGGGUCCCGGGAGCUGACUGGGUCGGUGACGGUGACAUCACAGAUCCAGACCGCCCCCGAGUCCCGGUCGCGGAUGGCCAGGUCGGCGGUCUUGCCGUCGACAGGGUUGUACAUCGCCGUUUCUUUCGUGACAAUGAGCUGUGCGUCUCGCCCCAUGCGCACGCACUCAUCUCGGAGGGCGUUGUGCGUGUCGGUGCGACCAUGUCCCGUCCCACAGCGGAGGAGGUGGUUUGGUAGGCGUGGGUCGAUGAUCACGACCUGUUGGGCGCAGUUGCAGACCCUGGGUGCUGGGAAAGGGAGGCCCAUGCGGAAUGCCAAGGCGAAGGCAUAGUGAGGCGGCGCCAACCGAAGGGAUGGGAAUAGGGGGAUGGCGAGGAGCCAGUCGCCGGCGCCAUACCCAGAGCGCUAGGGCUGGAGCUGGGAGGGCCGACUCACAUUUCGCCAGCCAGGUAUGGAGACGCGAGGGGCCGUUGAAGGGAGGGGCCAGGGAGCAUGCCGCUGUAGUGAGAGGGCCUGUCGGGUCCGAAGGAAGGGAUAUGAGCAGCCGGUGGGCCUGUGUGACGCUGGUGAGGAAGGCGUGCGGGCCCUCCACUGCGGGGUCUGCGAGGCCAAGGCCGCCGAGAGUGGGGGGCAUGGAGGCCUGUUGCCACCGCUGGCGAAACUGGUUAAGUAGUUUCGCCGCCUGGUAUGAGGUGGGGUCGGCGUUGAAGAGGCGUCGGGCGGCCGUGUGUGCCAAGAGUUUGAGGAAAACCGGCACUUCCGCGCAGGGGCAGCCAUAUGUCUCGACCGCAAGGGGGAAGAAGCCGACGUACUCUGCUUGUGGCGAUCCAGACUGCUCCCGAGUCCCGGUCCCGGAUGGCGAGGUCGGCUGUUUUGCCAUCGACCGGGUUGUAUAGGGCUGUCUCUUUCGAGACGAUGAGCUGCGCGUCUUGGCCCAUACGGAUGCAUUUGUCCCGAAGGGCGUUGUGUGUAUCGGUGCGCCCGUGCCCUGUCCGACAGCGAAAUAGGUGGUUGGGGAGCCGUGGGUCCGGGAUCUGGGUCUUCUUGGCGCAGUUGCACACCUUGGGCGCGGGGAAGGGGAGGCCCAGGCGGAAGGCGAGGGCUAUGGCAAAAUGAGGGGCACUCGCCGCUCGCGUUGAUUCCGCCCUGCUUGCCUCUGCCCCCGAUCCGGUCUAUCGCGUUCAUCAUCCCCAGCUGAAUCUUCCGUGCUAGUCUCUUCCCUUGUCUCCUGCCUAUAAGCCGCGCCGCGAGCGACGGCGGCCGAAGGCCGCUGGCGCGAGCCGCCACCAAGGGUGGGAGAAAAGAAAGAACUGAAAACUAAACAGGAAGAAUGAGCUAGGGAGAGAGCUUAUAUAGCUAGGGAGGGACUCAUGCUCUCUCUCUCUCGCUCUCUUUCUCCUCUCUCUCGCCACCAAGGGUGGGAGAAAAGAAAGAACUGAAAACUAAACAGGAAGAAUGAGCUAGGGAGAGAGCUUAUAUAGCUAGGGAGGGACUCAUGGUCUCUCUCUCUCUCUCUCUCUCAAGCGGUCCUUUUAUUCCUUGGAAACCUUGGUACAGGCUAGGCAGGCAAAGGGCAGCAAGUCAAGGUAAGCCAAGGCCUGCGCCCGCUGCAGCGUCACUGACCAUCGUUGACGAAACUGGUGGAGCAGUUUCGCUGCCUGGUAGGAGCUUGGGUCUGCAUUGAAGAGUCGCCUGGCCCCUGUGUCUGCCAGCAGCUUCAAAAAGGUAGGGACCUCGGCGCAGGGGCAGCCAUAUGUCUCGACCGCCAGUGGGAAGAAACCAACGUAGGGAGCCCGAUUUCGGUAAUGGGAGAUUUUCUUGUCGGCUUGUAC